UCUCUCUCUCCACAAGUCCAGUCUCUCUCUCUCUCCACUUCUCUCAAUUCCAUGGCCGCCGCCGGAGCCGUCCACCCCGGCCGCGUCCGCCUCCUCAAUCCCAUCAAAACCCCUCCUCCUCCUUCCCCGGGAUCUCCCGCCGGCCCCGUUGUCUACUGGAUGUUCCGCGACCAACGCUCCCGCGACAACUGGGCCCUAAUCCACGCCAUCCACCUCGCGAACCAUUCCUCCGCUCCCAUCGCCGUCGCCUUCAACCUCUUCCAUCGCUUCCUCAACGCUCACGCUCGCCAACUCGGCUUCAUGCUCCGCAGCCUCAUUCUCCUUCGCCUCCGCCUCCAUGAGCUCGGCAUCCCCUUCUUCCUCUUCCGUGGAGAUGCCGUCGAUACGAUUCCCAAAUUCCUUUGCGAAUGCGGCGCGUCCGCCCUCGUUACUGAUUUCUCGCCGCUCCGAUCGGUAAGGGAAUGGAAGGCGGAGAUAUGCGAGAGGGUUGGAGAGCGGGUGAGGGUUUAUGAAGUGGAUGCUCACAAUGUUGUUCCGGUGUGGGUUGCGUCUAAUAAGCUGGAGUACAGUGCGAAGACUAUAAGGGCGAAGAUUCAGAGGGUGUUGCCGGAGUAUCUUGUGGAGUUCCCGGAGAUUUCGAAGCCGGAUCUUGAAUGGGGCUUGGAGGAUCCGAAGGAGAUCGAUUGGGAAGAGCUGGUCGCAGAGGUUCUCAGAGAGGGAGGUGAAGUACCGGAGAUUGAAUGGUGUGAACCUGGGGAGGAUGCAGCGAUGGAGGCUUUGAUGGGAGCCAAGGAGGGAUUUCUAACGAGGAGGCUGAAGAAUUACAGUACUGAUAGAAACAAUCCGCUGAAGCCGAGAGCGCUGUCUGGUCUCUCUCCUUACCUCCAUUUUGGCCAGAUCUCAGCCCAGCGUUGUGCAUUGGAGGCUCGUAAACUAAAAAAUUCUCAUCCCCAGGCAGUCGAAACUUUCUUGGAGGAAUUGAUUGUGAGAAGGGAACUGGCAGAUAACUUUUGCUAUUACCAACCACAUUAUGACUCAUUCCUAGGUGCUUGGGAUUGGGCUCGUAGAACCUUGAUGGAUCAUGCUGCUGAUAAAAGAGAGCAUCUCUACACGAGGGAUGAACUAGAAAAAGCCAAAACAGCUGAUCUUCUAUGGAAUGCUUCACAGUUGGAGAUGGUUCAUCAUGGAAAAAUGCACGGAUUUAUGAGGAUGUAUUGGGCUAAGAAAAUUCUUGAAUGGACGAGUGGCCCUGAAGAAGCACUUGCAAUAGCAUUAUAUUUGAAUGACAAGUAUGAGAUAGAUGGCCGAGAUCCAAGUGGCUAUGUGGGCUGCAUGUGGUCCAUAUGUGGCGUACAUGACCAGGGCUGGAAGGAACGUGCAGUUUUUGGGAAAAUAAGGUACAUGAACUAUGCCGGUUGCAAGAGGAAAUUCGACGUAGAUGGCUACAUUGCUCAUGUGAAAAGCCUGGUUGUACGCAGCAACAAGAGGAAGGCCGAAAAUGCAAAAAGUCCAAUGCCAAAAAUAUCCAGAACUUGACCCAUAAUGGUAUGUGGAAACCCUCUUAGGCUUCGUUUGUGAUGGCUUUCUUACUGCUUCUUAAAGCAGCUUUCAGAUUCAAAAGUUAAUUUUUUUAUAUUAGAAAAUUGUUUUAAGAAAGCCAUCCGAAACGAAGCCUUAAUAUCCUUCUAAAAUGUCAUAUUGGUAGGAUUCAGUUCUGUUAUAAUAUCCUGCUCUCUCUGGAAGCAUUCAUAUGAAAAAAAAUAUUGAUUUAUUUUGUAGCUAAUAUUUGUUGAUAUUCAAAUAUUGGUUAACCUGCUAAUGGUGUCACAGUUAAACAUUGUGUUGUAAUGAAGAUUUGAUUCCAUUGCAGACCCCUUUAUGAUCGAAUAGUGGGAUUAAAAUGAGAAUA